UUUUUUUUUGAGUGCAUUUAACCUCAUAUAUAACUGCCGUGCAGUUAGACAGUAGUCACCGAAUAUGCUUUGUUAGAUUGAGACAUGAUGUUAUCCAGAAAGUUCCUAAGACAGUAGUAGAAGUAUUAGAUUCAAUGCAUUGAAAUAGACAUUUUAUUAUGCAAUUAUGCUUUGCAGUUAGUCUGUUAUCUCCAAAUAAGGACAAAAUCUGAAUUUCCUGCACUACAUAUAUAAUGGAGUCAGUGGUGUAUCUACAAGGUUAUGUGGUGUUUUGUAUACAAAUUGUCAAGUGACCUCCUAAGCCUGUUUUAUUUGUGGGGCAGUUUCUGUCCACUGCAUAUUUGUCAAAAAAUAGAAUAUCUAAAUACACUGAGCUCAAGAUAGAAACGUGUCAUGUUUCUGCAGGGGGAUUUCUGCAAGCAUAUUUAUGUACAGUGUGUUAGGUAACAGUGUGCUAGAGAUAAAUAACACCUUUUUUUUUGUGGCGUCUGCAAUUAAUCUUGUUUCUGUUCUGUAAAAGCACACUACCUUUCAGUCAAAGGUAUUAAAUGUCCAGUGGCUCCAUGAUAAUUCAAGUCUAUAGCUUUUAUUCAUGGUCAUUCAGAAUUCUGUUUUGACUGUCCAUGAGUUGAUCAAAGACCUAUUCUUGGUAUUGUCAAGCUGCUGUGCUUUUGGAUUUCUGUCAGUAGUGUGGUGUGAACACUAAAUCCCUGCAUCGCAGAAGUGCUCAGCAUUCUUUCCCCAUAAGACGAUGGACUAGUUUGUAACCACAUGGAAUAAAAAUACUAUGAUGCACUGAAACAAAGGGCUGUAAAAUGUGCAAAGAAGCUAGCUCAAGAAUUUCAAGCGGUCAUUAGGUUAUAUUUUAUGCAUUUUUUUUAUAAUGUUCAACUGUCAGCAUUUUCAAGCUAAAAGCAAAGAAUCACUUUCCCAAACUUAUGUUUAUAAAAGAAAAGAAAAAAACUUAUUGGAGCUCUUUAGGUUGAAUCACCUAUGCUGGGGUCUUUAUUUGUAGACUCAUAAGGUAUAAGCAAGAGUUUUCAAGAGCUGGAUGUUGCAAUCUAAUAUUAAAGUUCAGUUGGUGUGUACUUUGUAAAACUGGCAUUUUGUGUCCUUAUCGUCUCUAGGCAGCCUCUCAAAGCAAAGUUUCCCCUGAUAGAAGAGGUCUAAAAUUAGUGAGCCCCUAUGACUGUCUUGGCCUAGUGUGUCAGAUUCCACUCACAGACUCUGUCUAUCCUAUCACAGCACCUGCUUCUAGCUGUAACACCCUGUAAAGCUUGGCAGAGACAUACACCCAUGUCCAAGCCUGAUUAAAAAAAAAAAAGCUUCUUUUUUGUGCAUGCUUCUGUCUUUUUUUUUUUUUAAAGUGGUGUCAAUUAAUGUUUGAAAUAGCUGGGCUCUAUGAGCUCAGACGCGGCUAAUGGUACUGGAGUCGUAGCAUUUUUUUUGGACUUAGCUUGAGGGGCUGGACAUAUCUGUGCACUGAGUGGCCUGUUUCGAUGAAGGGUCAGUUUGGCACUCACAGGAAACCUGGACCCCCCAGUUGGAGCCUCAUUCACAGCUCAUGGUACAGUGCAUAACUGUCCCCUGUGAAUGUUUUCUGGAGUGGUUGUUUCAUUCAAACUGGCCACAUGGAAAACAGCAAAAAUGGUCUAAAAACAUUCAACAACUGAUGAAGUGACCAGUUCAUGUCUUUAUAAAAGUGAGACAUCCCAAUGUCUGUGGUCUCUGAAGUGAAGAAAUGGAACGCUGGGUUCUAGAGGGCGACAGCUACUCGUUUCUUCGCAGCGCUCCACACACGUUCAACCUGCAGAGUCAUGAAAGGCCAAAUCGUGUGGAGAUCUUUGAUAUCACUUCAAUCCCUAGCCAUCAUAAUGCCAUAUCUGAAACAACCUGCCUGUGUGACAUUUUUGGGGAUGAAGGCGAGUCUCCGUCACUUUCCAGCAGCCCAUCCUCUGCCACGUUUAUCAGGAGGGAAGUGGAUCAGUCUAUUGUAGUAGAUGAUACCAAUGACUCUUCGGGAUCUUACCACACUGCCAAUGGAUCUGACUUAAGUGACAAUGCUGAAGUCACUUACAACACACCUUCUCCAGAAAAUACACUGGAUUUUUCCACAUUUGAGACCAGGGAAUCACGUUCACCACCAACUAAAUCACCCAUCUUGUCUGAUUCCAAAAAUGGACUUAACCAACUAGACUGCACACCACCUGCAUCCAAAGUCAAUAGUAAUGACCUUUCACAAACAGAAAAAACUUGGGAAGAAUCCCAAGUGUCAGUAAUCACUGCCCCAGUGAAUGAAACGGCAAUCACAAAUGCAUCUGAACCACAGUAUGUGAAUUCAACACCAGCUACCACCCUGAAUAAUCCGGCAAAUAACCCUUCUAAUCCUACAUCCUGCUCUUCAGAAGAGAAAGAACCUGCUGUUUUUGAGCAAGAAGGAAUUAAUAGAACACCACAACAUAUAAGCACAAGCCCAUUUUUAGAUAAACAAAUAUUUGAGUCAGAUUGUGAAUCUUUGGCAGCAUCUCCACUUAAACAAAAUGUUGUGAUGUCUUCUGAGGACAAAGAGAGUAUGAUCUAUUGUAGUCCACAAGAGCAAAACAUUCUCUUUGUGCAAGGAACAAUGAACAGUGGCUCUGUAUCAGAACUAUCAAACCCUUCUCCAACAGAAUGCAGCCUUAUGCAGGAAAUGUUUACUUCAUCUUCUAACAAAGAUAUCAACUUUCUACCCAUACCCAGUGUCAUGCCAGUACCCAGAUUAACCUCCACCUCCCCUGUAAGCAGGAAAACUACCUCCACGCCUGCGUCCACAGGUAAAUCUUCACCUGAGCUGCUGAAUUUGUGUCCAAUUAAAUUUAGGAACACAUCGGAGAUUCCAGACUUUGAGGACACUAAUUGUGCUACUUUAUCUGUAUCUACACUACCUACCAAUGAUAAUGGGGAAAUAGAUCCCCUAACUGUGUCUGACAUUUCUACUGAAACAAGAGGACUGGUAAAUUCAUCCAUAGAUGGAAGAGAAAGACCGGAAUCACCUGCGAUCAAUAAAACCUGCUCUUCUCCUCAUCACUCAGCAUCUGCUCACUCACCAGAACAAGUAAUGAUUCACUCCCCUGUGGGUUACACCAUCAGCCCAUCACCUACAAAUGAGAGAACAGUUUCUUCGACUGAACCUGAAGACUCACCAUCCUUCCCUGAAGUCACAAGGAUUGAAUACAGUGAUAUUUGCUCUUCUCCUGAUCACUCAGAACCAGUAAUCAUUCACUCAUCUCCAUGCUACAACAUCAGUCCAUCACCUACAAAUGAGAGAUGGGUUUAUUCAAUUGAACCUGAUGCCUCAACAUCUUCCCCUUGUGGUCACAGUGAUAUACACUCCUCUCCUGAUCACUCCAUUCCAGCUCACUCGCCAGAACCUGAAAUAAUUCACUCACCGGUGGGCUAUACCAUCACCCCAUCACCUACAAAUAAGAGAAUGAUUUUUUCAGUGGAACCAAAUGAUCUGCCAUCCUCUCCUGCCAUCACAGGAACUGAUUACACCGCAACACCUACAUGCAGUAGAGAUUCCACACCCGCGUUAAGGAGCAUUACCUCCACUCCAAACAGCAGAGAAAAUUACCUAACACCAGAACCCAAUUCCCCAGCCCCUUCACUGGAAUUGAGAUCAUUUACCUGCUCACCUCAAAUCAAAACAAUAUCAUAUAGUGUUCUCACACAAAAUACAAAAUCCCCAGGCAUCACAUAUAAUGUUACACCAACCGAAGAUUUAACCCAAUCACCUGCAGUAGAAACAAAUUUCUGUGGCAACUCUUCUGAAACUUCCAGCUAUCUUUUUGGAAAUGACACCUCUGUCUUACCUAGUUCAAGGAACUUUUUGCUAACACCAGAGAGCAGAUCAAGGCCCUCAUCAGCUACAUCAGACCAUACCAAACACAAAACACUAUCUUCUGAUCUCCAGCCGGAGCCUGCCAUUUCUCUUGAAAAGGCAGAAAAUCAGAGUUUAUCCAUAAUCUGUGAUGGAGUUAGUCAUCCUUUCUCUAACCCAAUAGACCAAUUUGAUGACCAUGUUGACUCAAAGACCCUAAAAAGCCUUUCAUUUGUCCCAGAUGAAUGUAAACGUAGUGGACCACUAGUUCAGACUCUGCAAGAUUCAACCUCUAAAACCUCAGAUUCUGGAUCGUCCACAGAAAAAACUGAGGAAAGUCAAGAAAAUGUAACUGAAAACACAACUGAUUUAACCUCCAUGUGUCCAUUGGAUGUAUCUCUGCCAAAGCCAGUGGCAUCUGUAGAGAACAAACAAUGCCAUGUUGAGGUUUUUGAUAGAAACAAGGGAACAGAAAUGUUGAAAAAUGAUUCCCCAAGCAGUGACAAGAGGCUUAGUCAAGUGCCUGUAGCAUUAAGAGAAAGCCCAGAAAGCCUUAUCAGUAAGGACAAUGGUGGUGAAUUUGACAGGCAACCAUGCAGGCAAAAAGAGGAGAGUGGAAAGAAGGAGGGAGAGGGGGAGGAGACUAUUGGAGAGUGUAGUUACAGAGGGGAACAGGUUGAACUGUCAUUCAGUGCCAGGAAUAGAAAAGAGCCUGCAGGCCACAGCCCAGCUCUCUCAAGUCGAGACCCAAAGUCGGGAAUUCCAGCUCGCUGUUAUUUUGAGUCUCACCCAACAACUUUGCAGCAACAGUGUCAGCUCAGAGCUCAGGGCUCACAACAAGAGAACAAGGUCGGCGCCAGGAGGCUCCAGUCAGCUGCCCAGGGUAAAUACAGCAGUGAAGGCUUUCUUCCUCCAGAAUAUACUGGUGAGACCUCCAGCAUGGGAAGUGAAUUUGAUGAAGCAGACAAUGAAGUUAAGUGGUUUACAGAUCUGGCUUUCAGAAGCCUAUCUAGUCCUCAGGUGGAUUAUUUGGAUGUGUACAAUUCAAGCCACAGAUCCUCUACAAAUGUUUCACAGCCAUCGACUGUAGACAGCCCUGGUGCUGUUGCAUGGAUGACCUAUGCAGAUUUACGUGGCUCAGCUUUACAUGAAAAUGAUGGUUCAUCUUUUUUACUCCAUGACAGCCUGUACCCCAACAAACGCUUUGAAAUGGGGAGUUUUGAGUGUGUGGAUGUUGCAUUAGAGAGCAAGGAAGAGUCCAGUAGAGGAAAGAGGACCGUACCUAAAAGGCAGAUCCAGCUGUUAAGGCGGAACACAGAUGAAUCAAAGCAUAAAGGAAACAAUGAAAAUAUUAUGAAUUCACCCUCCACAUAUAGACGCUCGAAAGACUCACUUGUUCGUCAACAUAGCAUGCCAGCUAUUGUGCAAGAGGAAGUUUCCAAGGAGGUGCCAAAUUCACCUCAAAAUGACAGGAAAAAGACCUUGCAGAAGUCUGUGUCUUUAGAUGAUGGCUCCCCUAAGACACAAAUGGCAUCUUGCAUUAUCAAGAGUGUAUUGUCAAAGAAAAUGCAAGAUGUGCAAAAAGAGACAUCAAAAAGCAAAGACCCAAGUCCUUCUGGAGAUAGAAAUAAACAUCCUGAUGUCAGCCCCAGCUCUUUUGAUGGCGUACUAAGUACCAUGGAGAAACAUAGUUUAAGCUCUAGCCAGCAUUCUGAAUGUACUCUUUCAUCUGAAGAUUUUGCUGUUGGAGAGAAGAGAGUUUCACAUCAUCAGCCGAAGAAGUGUGCUCCAAAAGUUCCUCCAAAGCCAUUCUUAAGACCUGCAUUCUUUAACACUGGGGAAGCUCAAAUUGCUGGCAUCAUUGCAAGGGAAGAAACCAAGCCUAUAGUGGCCCUUCCACAAGUUGAUGACAAAAUAAAAAACAGCAAGAGUGAUAGGAAAGAGGGAGGAGGUAGCAACCUUGAAGAGAAGUACAAUAAUGACUCAGCAAAUGCCAGUAUCAGUAACACAAGUCCUGUUGUUGCUACACCAGCAAUAAGCAUGCAGAACAGAAUGACAACCAGAGACAUAAGGAAGCGCCAGAUGACACCGGAAAACCAGGAACAACUGGCUGGAAAGAGUGUAUUUAUGUCGAAAACCCCAGAGAUAACUUUGAAACCUUCUACUAUCAAAGGAAAAAAGACAUCUUCUCUGAAAGUGUCUUUGUCCCCUGAUCUGGAACAGUCCAGAGAAAUAUCCAAAUCUCAGGCAAUAGAGAAAGCUGCAGAAGAUAUAAACAUCAAGUCUACUAAACUCAUAGAGACUGAAGACGAUGAUGACAGCAACAAAAAAUCUGUUAUACACAGAGUUAGGGAUGUGAGGAAGUUAGUGAAAAACACAUACAACCUGUCUUUCAAAGCAUCAAAUUCAACCUCUACUGCAGAAGACGCAGUGAUUCAAAGGGAAAGAGAGAAGCCACCGCAAACUCCUCCAACCUUACACAUUGAAUGCAAAGCCAUCAGUUGGAAGGACAAACAAACAUCAGGCAGCAAAGCAAUGCACUGUCAAGAUGAAAAACUGCCUGUUGACAUAUCAAAAAUAUCACAACCAUGGGUGAGCGCAGAGUCAAAAAGAGAUGUUGACAUCCCUGAAAUAACAUCCAAAGGCUCUUCAACAAAGACUGAGUCAAAAGAAAAAACACCAUAUUCUCACUCUACAACCUCAGAUGCAGUACCUGAAUCAGGAAGUAUCAAUAAAAGAUCUUACAUUCACUGUGAUCAGAGUUCUAAGAUGCCCCCUAGACCCCCAAGUAAGGAGCGAGAAGUUUCUGCGUUGGUGGUUCUACCGGAUUGCACAUCCAAGACAAAGACCGUUUCCCCUACAAUUCUUGACUCUACUCAGAUGAAAGCUGCAAGCAACAGCCACUCUGUAUCCAUGCUACUGAAAGAAAAAGGGAUGCAGGCUGACAUUGGAGUCUGUGAUGUUCUCACUGAAGGUACAAGUGCUACCGCUAAACAUGUCAACAGGCUUGAGGUACCGUUACAGGGGUGUUUAUCAGAAAGCAUUUCAAGUGAAGUACAAGUAAAGGCAGAAAAUACAUCAUUGCCUUGCAAUCCAACAGCUUUUGUCAAUGAUUCGUCGAGAACAUCUCAACCAAGUGAGAGUCCCAAGGGAACACUGACAGAAGAACCUUCAAAGGAACAAGAAAAAAAGGAAACUGCCACUACGACUAUGACACAAAUUCCAACUUAUUUAGCAACAUGUGGCAAACCAGAGGUGAGGUCUUUUUCAAGCAUUACAAAAAACAAUGCCACGCCAGUGAAUGCAUCAAAAGAGAUUGAGUUACCCAUACAAGUGAGAUCAAUAUCCACUGAUAGACUAAAGCCAUUUGUACCACCAAAACCCAGCUAUAAACAAUCAUUUGCAGAAAUUAAGUCUGCGCCAAGUGACCCAUCAAAAGCAGAUACUCAGCCAUUGUCUGUUAUUAAACAGCAAACAAUAUCAAGUAGUGAAUCAAAGAAAAAUGAAACACCAUCAACAAUGACACACAAGGAUCAACGAAACGAAACUUCAUCAAGAGAUACAAAAAGACUGGCUGUAUCAGCUGUAUCAAGCUGCAAGCCACCAUCCAUCCCAGUCACUAAAACUCCAAGUCUUGUGCAAAAAUCCACCACAAAGACACUGGCCAGUCUGGAUCAACAGCAAUCUUCUGCUUUCUUGCAAACAACCAGCACUUGCCAGCUGCAGACCCCAUCAUUCAGUCAAGACCAGUCGAUACUAGAUAGUUCCUUUGCUUCUAACUCACCAGGACCACAAGCACUUAACCACACACCAUCUGUGACAAGAGCUUCAUCGAAUAAUCGUUUUCACACACAUGACAAUCUUUUCUACGCUUCAGAUGAUCCUCCCAGCUAUGAUGAGCGAGAGAGUUUCAGCCCGCUACGGCUCUCAGACUUACCCCCACAUAGCCCAUGCAGGUAUCAUCCAACAACUAAGCAAUGUUCUUGCUCCUGCAUGCCAAGUUCUCAUUCGCAUCAAGGACAUCCCAACAACAGUCCACAGGAACGGGUACCAGCAGCCUCUCGGUCUCCAGGCCAAGUCCUUACCUGUCCCGGUGGUCCUCCGCAAGCUCAAGUUCGUCCUCAUCAGUGCAGACCAGAUGGUCUACCAGUCUCCAAUACCACAAUACCUCAUGCCUCAGCUUUGAUUCAGCCUCUUCAGCAUCCACGAGCUUGCCCUGUUUCAAACUCACAAUCCUAUGGUGAUGACAAUCCUCCAGUUUCUGGGCUGCAUGCAGAUAGACGGCCAGCCAAUCACCCUUCACCUCAGGCAGCAGGUCCUGCUCCCUAUCAUGAGUAUUCUCAUUCAGCUAACAUGUCUACUCUGGAUCCCCGGCCGCAGUUGUUUAAUCCUCAAGAUUUGACACCAUCUUUUGGCCACGAUUACGCAAAUGAAGGUCCAGGUGGAGCUGGUGUAUUGUAUCCAGAGAAUGCAAGUGGGCUCAGCUGUGGCCAAGGUCCUCGUCGUGUUCUUCUUGAUCCAGAGACUGGUAAAUACUUCUACAUUGAGGUACCAAUGCAACCACUCAGAAAAAUGUUGUUUGAUCCUGAAUUGGGCCAGUAUGUAGAAGUUCUCAUACCACAUCAGGCAAUGUCCCAUUCAGGGCUAUAUCCACCAGCUGCACCGCCCUACUCCUCUCUGCACAGUCCUGGGUUGUAUGCACCACAGUACCUGCCUUAUGCAGUGCCAUCUUAUCCAGCAAUCUCAGGUACUGCCCCGCAAGUUCGCCAUCCGGAGCCACCUCCUGUGCCCACCACACUUCACCAGACUUCCUUAAGGUAUGGAAGCCCUGCAAGCCAGAUGCCAAAAAAUGAACCGAAAGGCCAUUCAUCACUGGAUCAAAGCUAUCUAGAAAGCAUGUAUUACAUCCCCACUGGGAUGAAUGCAAGCCCAAAUGCAACCCCUUCAGAAUGCUACCACAAGCCAUCAAGCAUGCCUCCUUCAGGGGGACGAAGAGCAUGAAACAUCAGUGGAUACAUAUGGUCUGUUUACAUUUGAAAUCUGUUAUGGUCGACAGCAUUUUGAAUUCUAGUGGGAUAUAAAAGUGUAAAAUGUCUUGUCAAAGGCUGUAACUACUCAUUUACAAAUAACAAUAUUUUACUGCUCAUUUCAUUUAAAUAUUUACUCUGAAAGUCUCCUCAUGAAGACCCAAAACAGAUUUUUUUUCUGACAUUGACAUAUCAUGGUUGUCAUUGUCUGAUAUAAUUUCAGUUUAUCAUUUGGACAAGCCCUAGCUUUCCUUGUAUAGUCCAGGCUUAUGCAAUGGUAGGCCUUAUCUUGCAAUAGCUGUCAGGGUUUAAGGGUUUAAUAAACAGUGUCUUCUUUUAACACCAUUAAAAGUUAUCUUUCUGGAGGGAUUUAUUUAGCUGCAAUAAUGUGUUUGGCAUUUUCACCUUUAAGGGACAUUAUUUAACAAAUACAUAAUAUGACGUGUAAUGAAUGACAUGACGUAAUUGGUUUGUGCAACACCUUUGAUGUGCAUUGGGACAUGCAUAUAGAUGCAGUACAUCUGGAUAAAUUUAAAGAAUGUGGAUGAGCAAAAUCCACAAGUUCAUGAGUAUUACAACCACAGACAUAGUUUCUAUCUUCAGAAGAUUGUCAUUUGCUAUUUUUUACACACAGAUACACCCCAUUAAAGAUAACUGUCUGCAAAA